CUCCGGGGCCGCCGCUGCCCCGGCUGCCAUGAGUUGUGCGGAGGUGAUGUAUCACCCCCAGCCGUAUGGAGCGCCCCAGUAUCUGCCCAACCCUGUGGCAGCUGCAACGUGCCCCACAGCCUACUACCACCCGGCGCCCCAACCUGGCCAGCAGAGGAAGUUAGCGGUAUACAGCAAGAUGCAGGACUCUCUGGAAGUCACCCUUCCCAGCAAACAAGAGGAGGAGGAGGAGGAUGAGGAGGAGGAGGAGGAGGAGCAGGAGCAGGAGAAAGACCAGCCUGCCGAGAUGGAGUACCUUAACUCUCGCUGUGUCCUUUUCACUUAUUUCCAGGGAGACAUUGGGUCAGUAGUGGAUGAACACUUCUCAAGAGCUUUGGGCCAAGCCAGCACCCUCCAUCCAGAAUCUGCCAUUUCCAAAAGCAAGAUGGGGCUAACCCCCCUCUGGCGAGACAGCUCAACUCUCUCAAGUCAAAGGAGUAGUUUCUCGACUUCUUUUUGGACCAGCUCUUACCAGCCUCCACCUGCACCCUGUUUGGGGGGAGUUCAUCCUGACUUCCAGGCCCCCCCUGGCACCUUUACCACGGCCGACCCCAGCCCCUGGCCAGGACAUGGCCUGCACCAGACUGGUCCAGCCCCUCCCCCUCCCGUGUCUGAGUCCUGGCACUAUCCUUUGGCAUCUCAGGUGAGCCCAUCCUACAGCCACAUGCAUGAUGUGUACAUGCGGCACCACCACCCCCACGCCCACAUGCACCACCGGCACCACCACCACCACCACCACCACCCUUCUGCUGGCCCUGCCCUGGAUCCAUCCUACGGGCCCCUGCUGAUGCCAUCAGUGCGUGCAGCCAGGAUUCCUGCUCCCCAGUGUGACAUCACAAAGACAGAUCCAACGACAGUCACCACUGCUACCUCAGCGUGGGCCGGAGCCUUUCACGGAACUGUGGACAUAGUACCAAGUGUGGGAUUUGAUACAGGUCUACAGCAUCAAGACAAGAGUAAGGAAUCACCAUGGUACUGAAACACAGUAUUAUCAAGUCAGGUUGGAGUGUGAAUCCACAGGCCCAUUGGGAAAAGAUGCUGCCAGGAUUUUCCAUUCUGCAGUGGGACACGGUAGACAUGGAAGUACAAGAGGAAGUGUCAGCCAGCUGACUUGGGUUUGGAGCCUUUUCUUGAGAAAGCAGAGUGGGUCUUAGACAUUGAAGAAAAGCAUUUUUGUUUGUUUGCUUUUUUUCCCCUCAUCUGAGCCUUUGCCAACUGUGCAACUCUCUUUUUAUUUUUGUGUUGCUUUUAUCAAUACAUGGUUUAAUUUUUGUUUCAUUUUGAUUUUUUUGAACCAACCACCUUGUCAGGAAAAGAUGAACCACAGAUGAAAAUGCUCAUUCUUUCAGGAAUACAGUGUGUAGCUCUACGUGCAUCUAUUUUUGUAGACAUACAGAAAGUUUGAUUUAGUAUUGAUGGGCUAUUUUUGAGGGAUGUAUGUUUUUUAAUAUUGUAAACAUUGUUAAGUUCUGUUUAAAGAACUUGCUCUCAGAGAAGCACUGGCAAAAAUGUUUAAAAUGCUUGUUUUUAAGAUGUCUGUGAUAUGCUCUAUGCUUUCUAGGUUACCUCAAGUGUUUGAUAGUUUCUCCUUUUUACGAAAAUAGCACCAUAGCUAAGCCAAUAUAGUAUUGUGUCACAUUAUCUCAGAGAAGAUUUAAUUCCAUGCUAGUUUACUUAGCUUUGAGUUAUAUGUAUAGCUUCAAAAGGAAGUUUUUAAUGGCCACACUAAAGAAAGGAUAUUUCAUUACUUUGAUUUCUCCCAAAGAGGUUAAGAAAGUUUUGCAUAAACUUUCAAUCAGAUGGAGAGUUUGCCUAGCACAUAUAAUUCUUUUUCUAGUCCAUCCGACUUUGAUAAAUAGAACCAGAGUUUUAUCAAACUCCUGAAAAAAAAUGCAUUUAACCAUGCUACCUUUGAGUUCCAGUGAUUUAUUUUCCUUGUUCCUAAUUAUUCGUUUAUGGCCAUUUUUAAGGUCAUAUUUCAGUGGACUUUUUUUUUUUUUUUCCUGGAGAUAGUUUGAAGGGAUAAUAUUUGGGCAAGUACUAGACACAUCACAAAGACUUUAACUGAGUGGCUGUUUCUGAUAAUGUUACCUAUCAUUGUGAAUUGAACCUAAUAUACUGUAUAUAUAAUAUUUUAAACACAGGUUUUUGCAAGUCUUUUUUUUUUUGGUUUAAAUCUGGUUUUAGUUGAUUUAAUUUUAAGAAAAAAAUAGGGAAAUUGAAGUUUAAAUUUGGAUUUAUUGCCACACUUACUGAAAUUGGUUUAAUAAAUUGACAAUUUAUUAUUUGAAAUUUAUUAUUGAAAACCCUGGAUUCAACUUAACAUGGCCCUCAGAAUCUAAAUCAGGUGAAGAUGUAAUUAUCGUUAAGACCCUACUAGGAAAAGAUUAGGAUUAUGAAAGUAGCAGUUAAAGACAUUUUAAGGGCUUUUAAUGCAAAGUCUGUUCUUUCUUUCAGCUGCUUCCAGAGAUGGGUCAUGUUAAAAAGUUAAUGUUCUAUAGAAAUUUUUAUUUGGUAAAAACAUUUCUACAAUUUUCCCCAUCCCUGUCCUCAGCCACAUGAAAUACAAUGUUUAAUGAAAUACCACUUUCAAUCUUAAAUUGUAUAAAUCACGUAUGUGAAUGUUACAGAUAUAAGAAAGAUACAACCUCUGCUUAGCUAGGCAGAGUUCUCACAGAUAAACUUCAAAUAUUUCCCUUAGCUCUAUUUUACAUACUAGUUUUCUUUCCUGAUGCAUCUCAUGCGUUAUACAUCUAUAACACUGUCGUACUGUGUUCUCAUCACUUCUUACAGUGCUUCUUAACCAGACUCUCCUUAGCAUAAUAUACACAUUUUUACCUAAUGUGAGAUCCAAACUUAAAAUGUCGUCCACUCACUAAUGAUAUCAACUUGGAUUUCUAGGGACUGGCUUGGUUAAAUUAUCUAUAUUUUGAUUUACAAUUUGAUUUGGUACAAUUAUUUGUAAUUUGCCCAAAUCUGUGGAGCACAAAGCUGAAUGAGUCUGUAAAAUUGGUUUCAUCUUGUGUCCUCCUGAGUUUUCAAAGACAAGUAUUUGAUAGUUCACAUAGGAUGACUCACUGAGGAUUAUUUAUUUUUCUCCUGUAACCUAUUAACUUCCUUUGCAUUUUCUCUUAGAACAGUGGUGUACUCCAUCCCAUUCAGAUCAUUCAAAUUGGACUUUCCCAAUUUAGAGAAGAAAAGUACUCACUCUCUGCUCCUUUCCUUAUUCUCUACUGAAUUGAAUUGAAAGAGAGCAGAUGAUUCGACAGCUUCACCCUGAAAUGAGACUGUGCCCUGUGUGACUCUUGGCAACUAUAAGAUGAAAUAUUCCUUUGCUCUGGAGGCCCCCCCAAAAGUUGGGGACCUGAAUUCUGCUUUCCACAGGAAAGAUUUGUAAGUGAGCUGUUCUGCUGAGAACAGGCCCAGGUGUUGUUGGCGUAUGGCAAGGAUUAGAUCCUUGAUAUGCAAAGAGUGCAUCGAAAUCUCAGUACAAAGUGAAUGAGUACAUGUUUUCUCUGUAAUGAUCUGGCAUCCCCUUGUUAUGAUCAUAUUAAUGUUACCAACAGAAGUUAUAAAAGAGGAUGAAUUGUAAUUUAGCAUGAUAUUCUGAAUUUACUUUAAAUUUAAAAUGCUAACACUCUCUGGGUCUGGUUUCCUCACAUCAAAAUGAUGCUGUAGAACUUUGUUGGCUUUACAGUGGUACCUCAGUUUUCAAACAUAAUCGAUUCUGGAAGUCUGUUCGAGUUCUGAAACGUUUGAAAACCUAGGCACAGUUUCCCCAUAGAAAAUAAUGCAAAAUGGAUUAAUCCAUUCCAGACCUUUAAAAUCAACCCCUUAAACUUCAAAUUUAGCAUGAGUUUUACUAUCUAAUCAUACCAUAGAUCUAUAAAAUUUACAGCAUUCAUAAACCGAAAUGUUCGUCAACAGACGUUUGAAAACUGAGAUACUACUGUAUUGAGAACUCCCACUUCCCUCCCUAAUUUCACUUGGAACCACUACACCUUUGACUAAUUUACAAAUGAGACGUUAUCCAAGCUUUCUAAAAAUCUGUGAGUUAAAUCCUAGAAAAUCAUCUCAUUUAUUUGACAUCUAAUCUAUGCUUCCUUCCAUCACUAAACUACAAUGAGCUAAGGAACAAGACAGAUCUCAGCAGGUUAUUGGUCCCUCAUUGUUUAUUUGAAAAAGAGUCUCUAAACUUUUUAAAAAACGAUGUUUCUUCUUAAGAAGGUUAACCAUCCCUUCUAAAUUCCUCCUGUAAUUUUUCACCUUUCCCUUUCCUCUGAAAAUUACUUACAUAAUUAUUUUAAGCAAAAAUGGCCAGGAUUGCUCUCAAUUUUGUAAAUGACAAUUAGUGGAUUGCAAAUAAUUGGGGGAUUAUUUUUUUUAACUUUAUAACAAACUUAAAAAAACAUUCUAGACUGGCAUAAAACAUGCCGUGGAGGAGUUUGUUAUUCAUUAUGCAAAUAGUAUUUGCCCAUUCCUACUUUAAGACCUGUAGAACAUGUGACAGAAUCUAUAUAGCUUUUACAUUUGCUAUCUGGUUUUAUGUUACAUUUGUACUUUAAACUGGCAAUCAGAAACUAUUUUUCAAGAAACUGCAUUUUAUUCCUUACUGAGUGUCCCUUUGUUAGAUAAUAUUUGCCAAAUUAAGUCAAUGAGGCAAUGGCAUUAAGUGAUGGAAAAGAAAGUAUGUAUGUGUAGAGUUGUGACUGGGGGUUGAAUAGAGAAGCAGAAUGAAUUAAUGGAAAAAAGCAUUGGCUUGGGCAUUAAGGCAUUCUCCAAAUUCUAGCUCAGCCACAAUAAGAUGUGUGUGAUUUGGGGUUUCGUUUAUUUAUCUCCUGAAUAAGUGGGAUAAUAAUACCUAACUGGCUGGCUGUGAAGGUUGGAAAUUAUACAUAUGAUCAAUCGUCUGUCUCAUAGUAGAUGUUUAAUAAAUGCUAGCUAUCACACGUGUCUAUCAGUUGAGUAAGUAGAUCAUAAAAUUGAGCUCCCAAAAUGUCUCUUCUCUUUACUCUCCAUACCCAUUUCUGUAGCAAUCAAAUAGAUACAUGACUGUGCUUUUCCGUAACAAAUUAUUGCAAGAUAAUUUUUGCCUUCUACUAGGUGUUGAAGAUAAAAUGUAAAUUUAUUAAUUAUCUCUAAUAUUUUAGUGUGCCAUUAAUGAAGGAAAAUAAGUUAACCUCUUAGUGGUAUGUAGGUCCAACUCUGAAUUUUCUUACAUAUUCUAAAAUUCUAUUCAUUCAGGACUGUAUGGAUUAUUUUCUCCAAUACUAAGGCAACAGUUUCAUUAAAUUACCAAAGUUUAUAUUAUUCAGUUAUAUUUUGGGCUUUCUUAGCACCUGGAAUAAAAACAUCUUUUGAAGUUAUCCAGUUUUUUUUUUUUUUUUUUUUUUUACUUGCCUUGGAGGAAAAAUUGCAAAAUAUGGUGGAAAAAAAUCAUCCGCAUGAAAAGGGGAGGAAAAAAAACACACAACCCUUUACGAUCUCAGUCAGCAGAUUUACUCUACUUCAGAAAAAAAGAAACAACUCUAUUGGAAGCAGAUGUUGACACUGUGUCAGUUAUUGAAGAUGGAAAGAGUUUAUUUGAACCGUUGCAGUUACAAAGAGGUAUUGAUGGCAGUUAGAAUUCCUGUGAUUGAUCACCUUCGCAACAGACAGAAGGGCAGCAGAAAGCAGAAACUGUUUGAGACCAAGAUUGAAAUCAGCCUGCCAGUUUUAAUAUGCAGGACCUUAAGGACACAGUUUUUGUUGUUGUUGUUGUUGUUGUUUUUGUUUUGUUUUCUUUCAUUCAGGAUAAAAGAAACAUCUUUCAGAAAAUGUAAGGCUUGUUUGAGAAAGAAAUUAAAAUUUAUUUCCUAAAGUCAUGGCUCAAGAGCCCUUUAAAUCUAGUAUUAAAACUAUUAUUAAAAUUGUUUUAGAAAAAUGAGGUUAAAGAUUCAGUUCAAUGAUGUAUGCUGAAGACGAAUAUGGAAACUACACAAAAGUGGAUGACUCUGGUGAUGGGGUAUGGGUGGGGCCUGCAAGGAAACGUCAGUCUCAAUAGCUUCAAAAUGUUAAUUACCUUCCUAACUUGGUCAUGGAGGUUUGUCACAGAACAGACUUCCAGAAUUUUUCUGUAGGUUUUUUUUUUUCCUUUUAGUGCUUUCUGGGAAUUUUGCCUUAUACACUUUUCCAAAUUAUUCAUUAUUAUUAUUAAAAUAUCUUAAUUUUCUCAUUUCUUUUAUUGUCCAUUGUGCUUUUUGUUUAGUUGAAAAAUAUAUAGUUUUGCAUAACUGAUCAAACUAGUUCUCUUGAAAUUGCAAAUUAAUUGGAUCCAAUAAAUUUAUCACAAUCCUCCUUUAAAAUUCAGAGAAAUAAUAAGAGUAAUAUGACAAUUCUGUUGUCUAAGUAAACAAUGACACCUUUUAGAAAAGGGUUGGUCACUAUCAAUUAACUUCCUUUUUAACAGUGUCUGGACUACUAAAUUUUGGCCUAAAAAUAACUUUUAGAAUACGAGAUUCUUUAAUUAGCUUUUUUCAUUUAUGCAUAAGAUGUGAACUUUUCUAGUAAUAUCUCUUUAUACUAAUAAAGAUGUACAUUUUUCCAUGCUGUGGCUAAGACAAAAAUUAAUAAUGAUUAUUUACGUACUUGAUUUAAUUCCUUAGGAUAUUUACAAUCUUAGAUAUAAUAUCUGAUUUAAAAAUACUAUUCCAUAAAUUUUUCUGGAUAUACAAUAUAGGGAAACGUUUCCAUGUGAAUUCAUUGAGUCAUUUUAAAGUGCAUAUAUUGAAAGGAAAACAUGGAUUUAACUUGUUUUCAUCUUAUAAAUCUAGAUAGGAUCAUAUACUUUCAUUAAAAAAAAAUACACAGUAUGGUGAACUUAAAAUUUGUCACUUGAUUAGGUAAACUGAAACCUAAUGAUAGAAAUAUUAUCUUGCAAUAUUGAAAUUCCAGAUCUGUUAGUUUUAUGAGUAAUUUCAUGCUAUCUUAAUUUUAUAUUUCCAGGAAGACAAAUUAAUUAAUCUUAAUGUCAUUCUCGAUUUAUUAAAAAAUAUAUAUAUAAUUCAUGAAACGUUUAGCUUUACAAGCUAAUUAUAAAAUCAUAUGUUUUUUCUGUUUGUCUUGGGGAUGGGAAAAAGAUGUUUUCAUAUUUCUAUUCACUUUUCAAAUGCAGGUCUUAUACCUAUG